CCGCCCCGCCCGCGACAGACAGACAAACAAUCGAAAACCCUCACUGUUACGACAUCUCUCCGACUGUCUGGCCGUUUACGAUUGCGAUUGUAUGGACCCCGUUUGGUGUUGAGUGCUUUGGUGUAGUUUCUCGCGCCGCGAUGAUGGACAACCCCGGGAUGGACUCCGCCAGUGAGCACAGCAGCCACGCGUCGUCCGGCUCGCCCGCCGUAGCCAUCAAGCCGUCGCCGUCGCCUCCAAACAACAACAACAUCUCCUCCAACAACCACAAUCACAACCAGGUGCACAGCCCCAGGCAAGCCAGUCCGUUGGGACCGCCGAUGUCCAUAGGUCACCCCCUAAGCCCGCCACCGGUGUCGUCGGCCAGUCUGGCCCGCAGCAUGGCUCUAGGACACCUGCCGCCUCCAGGUCUUGGUCUCUUGAAUUCCCUGGGGGUUCUGCACAGUCCCUUGGAUUUGAUGGCUCAUCAUGCGCCUCCUCGUUCUUACAACAGUCCGCCGCCGAUUUCCACGUCCGAUCCCACAGCCAACGAGUGUAAAUUAGUCGAUUACCGCGGUCAGAAAGUGGCGGCCUUCAUCAUAGCCGGGGACACCAUGCUGUGUCUGCCCCAGGCCUUCGAGCUCUUCCUUAAGCACCUGGUUGGUGGUUUACACACGGUUUACACCAAACUAAAGCGUUUGGACAUUGUGCCCUUGGUUUGCAACGUUGAACAGGUCAGGAUCCUUAGAGGUCUUGGUGCCAUCCAACCGGGAGUGAACAGAUGCAAGCUGUUGUCCUGUAAGGACUUCGACACCCUCUACAAAGACUGCACUACAGCCAGUCGUAUUACUGUAAUGGAAUGCUGCAGGAAUCUGCAGAAUCAUCAAGUGGUCAUCAGAUCCUGCGCGCGGAGACGUGGCAUUAAAUCAGGCCUGGAAACACACAAAAUUGUAGACGCAAUCGAUAGAACAAACAGAGUAAUGGCGCACUCGCGCAAUAUUUAUGGACAAAUGGCCACUUAUUGGGAGGCUCGCGAAAAGGAACAAGAAGGCGGGAGAGUAACGAGCGCGCAAUUAAUACGAGAAGAAGAAGAAGAGGCCGGCACAAUAAGAUGUAAUCUCAUCGCACAAUGGAGGGCACCGUAA